AUGGCCAUUAUCGACGUAUCCAAAUUUCUUUCCUACAAGUACGACUAUAUAAUUGUCGGCGGGGGAACAGCGGGCCUCCUUGUCGCCGCCCGCCUCACUGAGAACCCAAACAUCUGCGUGGGAGUCAUUGAGGCUGGUGAAUCCAAAGCAGGAGACACAAAUAUUGACUCCCCGGCUCAAUUGGGGAACACACUCCACAACCCAGAAUACGACUGGAUGUAUCACUCAACUCCACAAGCCGGAACAAACUAUAGAGUGCAUCAUGUGCCCCGCGGCAAGCUUCUUGGAGGCUCUAGCGGAAUCAACUACAUGGCAUACUGUCGACCGGCGGCACAAGAUAUCGACCUGUGGGAGAAUCUUGGAAACAAAGGGUGGUCAUGGGCUGAACUUCAACCCUGCUACCUCAGAAGCGAGUCGAUCGAUGAGUCGGGCCAAGGCAAACCUGCUCAGAAGUCAGACAUAUACAAUAUCCACCCAGACUCGCAUGGUCACUUAGGGCCUGUCAAAACUUCAUUUCCAUAUCGCAGAGAACCUUAUGAGGAUCGCAUGAUUGAUGCAUUUGACGAGAUCUCAGGAGUUUCUAGACCAGACGAUCCUUGGAAUGGAGCUCCUCUUGGACAAUAUGGCCGUCUAUCAACAGUUGAUCGAGAGCACGGACCAUCCAGAAGUUAUAGUGCAUCUGCAUUCCUUGCUCCAAAUCUUAGACGCGAAAACUUGAAGAUCUUGGAGUAUGCAACAGCUUGCAAGAUUAUGCUCGACGUGGCGACUCUUACUGCGUACGGUGUUGAGCUACUUUGUGCUGGUGGUACCUACCAGGUAUUUGCGAACGAGAUCAUUUUAUCGGCGGGCUCAAUCGGAAGUCCACAAAUUUUGGAGCUCUCUGGCAUUGGCGACCCGGAGAUUCUCAGCAAUAAUGCAAUUGAGUGCGUACUGGCUCUUCCGGAAGUGGGCAAGAAUCUCCAAGAACACCCAAUGACGUCUCUUACGUAUGCGCUUGACAUGAGCCGGUCUCCUCACAGUGAUUUGCAUCUAUCCAACGAGUAUCAAGAGUGUGAAACAUCAGAUGGAGAGAGCUUGAUGGCAUUUUUACCCUACCCGGGCUUGGUAUCUCCCGCCGAAUUGUCAGAAACAAUCUCCCAGAUUAGGGACUACACAUGGCUAGCGGAGCCUGAGCGAGAAAGCAUCAUUUCGCGCCUGCAAGAUCCCUCGUCCGGAGAUGUGCAGUUUAAUGGUACCGCCAUGUAUAUUGAUAUUGAAUCUGGACAUGGAAACCAAAGCAAGCUCGUUCGCAAUGUAUCAGGGGACAAAUAUACUUACUACACCUACCUUGUCACCAUCACAAACACAAUGUCCCGAGGAAGUACCCAUAUCAAAUCUGCCGAUCCUCGCAUGGCUCCUUCUAUCGAUCUUGGACUCUUGAACGCACCCACCGACGUGGACCUUCUGGCUGCGGGUCUGCAAUUCGUGGACCGCGUGUUCUCGUCAAAGCAUAUCUCCGACCAGGUAGUUGAGCGCGUUGUUCCAAGGCCAGGGAUUGAUCUUGGAGAUCGCAAACAAGCUCGUCAAUUUGUUCGAAAUUGGACGACUUCGUUCAAUCAUGCUCUUGGCACUUGUAGCAUGGGUCGUGUUGUGGAUGAACGUCUGCGAGUGAAGGGCUGUCAUAGACUAAGGGUUGUUGAUGCCAGCGUGAUACCUACUAUGAUAAGUGGUAAUGUGAUGGCUACGGUGUAUGCAGUUGCCGAGAAAGCCUCCGACAUUCUUAAGGAAGAUCUGGACUCUUCCCGCGUGGGUUGA